CCAGCCAUCUCUGGAGGCGGGCACCCUGAAAACACUGGGAGAAACACCGCUGUGACACACUGGUCUGGCUUCUUGCCCACAGCCCUGGGAGCAGCGCAAGCGAGCAAGUAGCAUCCCGGAGCACGCUGCGUCUCGGCACGGCAGCCAGCCCUCAGGAUCGAAGCAGCACAGCCUGCACAGGCAGGAGGAUGACGCUAUGGAAUGGCUCCUUCCCCUUCUACCCUGGUGCCAAUCCGUGCUUCCCCUUUGACACCACCUGGGCCGUCAUUGUCUCCAUCUUCCUCUCCAUGUUGGCCACUUUCAUCAUCAUCCUGCCAGGGAUCCGGGGCAGGGGGCGACUCUUCUGGUUCCUGCGGGUGGUGAUGGGUCUCUUCGUGGGAGCGGUGGUCCUCACCAUACAGUUCACCAAGGACUGGGAGACCGGCUGGGUGACAGCAAACACCUCCUACAAGUCCUUCAGCCAUGCCCUGGUAAACGUGGACAUUGGGCUGCACAUUGGCCUGGCGGGGGUGAAUGUCACACUGGUGGGAAACCCAGUGCAUCAGCUCAAUGAGACCAUCAGCUACAACGAGCACUUUGCCUGGAGCUUCGAUGCAGACUACGAUCACAGCUAUGAUGAAGGCCUGGAGAAGGGGCUCCCCAGUCCCAUCCUCUACGUGGCAGAGAAGUUCACCUCCCAAAGCCCCUGCGGCGUGCACAGGCAGUACCGCAUCUCCAGCCACUACGCCUCCCUCACACUGUGGAUGGCCUUUUGCACAUGGCUCGUUUCCAUCCUGUUGUUCUCCAUGCCCAUCCUGCUCUAUGGUGGCUACAUGCUUCUGCUCACUGCCGCACUGAUGCUCUUCUCACUGCUCUUCUUCUUCACUGCACGGAGCACCGCUAAGUGCCCCAUCCGGUUUGGCACAGCUGCCUUGAAAACAGACUAUGGAGGAUCCUUUUGGCUGACAUUAGCGACAGGGCUGCUGUGCCUGCUGCUGGGGCUGGGUGUUAUCAUCUUCAACUCUGUGCAGCCAGAGAAACUGAAGCUUGUCUUUAACCUGGACGAGAGAAAGGGAGAAGAGGAGGGGUGGGACAAGCCUUACCUGCCUGCCGAGCCCAGCUCCUCUGCACAGGACAUGCUGAUGGUCUCCCUGAGUGAGCUUUGCGAGGUGACAGCCACCCAGCAGUAAGGGCAAAGCCCGAGGACAUCCCUUCUGAAUCCACUCUCCUGUCCAACUACACCAGAAGCAUGGGUGGGAAGACACAUAAGAGCCCGGUAAUGAGAACAUCCAACCCUGGAAAAGGAUCUCAAAUAUGGCAACUUGCCCUCUCUUUUUUCUUUAUU